AUGAUUUACACUGAAGAGAUGGAAAAUGAAGAAGACAGAGAUAUGGUUAUGUUGCAUUUAGUCAGAAGAAACAACAAAAGCUUUUACGACCUUGCUAAGAUUUACAAAUCUGACAGAAAUUGGUUCUAUCGCGAAAACUUACCGAUUUCAAUGACACCGAAUGAAGAUGUUAAACAGAUAGUUCAAGAUACGUUACCUCAAACACACUAUGAUAUGAAAGGUUGUACAAUACUUACCUUCAAAGAAGAUUUGCCAUUGUUAAAGGAAAAAAUAACAGAGUAUUUUGACAACUUCAAACAAGCAGAGUAA